AUGGACAGUCCUGCUACAGCAAUGGACAGUCCUGCUACAGCAAUGGGUAGUCUUGCUACAGCAAUGGGUAGUCCUGCUACAGCAAUGGACAGUCCUGCUACAGCAAUGGGUAGUCCUGCUACAGCAAUGGGUAGUCCUGCUACAGCAAUGGGUAGUCCUGCUACAGCAAUGGGUAGUCCUGCUACAGCAAUGGGUAGUCCUGCUACAGCAAUGGGUAGUCCUGCUACAGCAAUGGGUAGUCCUGCUACAGCAAUGGGUAGUCCUGCUACAGCAAUGGACAGUCCUGCUACAGCAAUGGGUAGUCCUGCUACAGCAAUGGACAGUCCUGCUACAGCAAUGGGUAGUCUUGCUACAGCAAUGGGUAGUCCUGCUACAGCAAUGGACAGUCCUGCUAGAGCAAUGUGUAGUCCUGCUACAGCAAUGGGUAGUCCUGCUACAGCAAUGGACAGUCCUGCUACAGCAAUGGACAGUCCUGCUACAGCAAUGGACAGUCCUGCUACAGCAAUGGACAGUCCUGCUACAGCAAUGGGUAGUCCUGCUACAGCAAUGGACAGUCCUGCUACAGCAAUGGGUAGUCCUGCUACAGCAAUGGACAGUCCUGCUACAGCAAUGGACAGUCCUGCUACAGCAAUGGACAGUCCUGCUACAGCAAUGGACAGUCCUGCUACAGCAAUGGACAGUCCUGCUACAGCAAUGGACAGUCCUGCUACAGCAAUGGACAGUCCUGCUACAGCAAUGGGUAGUCCUGCUACAGCAAUGGACAGUCCUGCUACAGCAAUGGACAGUCCUGCUACAGCAAUGGGUAGUCCUGCUACAGCAAUGGACAGUCCUGCUACAGCAAUGGACAGUCCUGCUACAGCAAUGGACAGUCCUGCUACAGCAAUGGACAGUCCUGCUACAGCAAUGGACAGUCCUGCUACAGCAAUGGACAGUCCUGCUACAGCAAUGGACAGUCCUGCUACAGCAAUGGACAGUCCUGCUACAGCAAUGGACAGUCCUGCUACAGCAAUGGACAGUCCUGCUACAGCAAUGGACAGUCCUGCUACAGCAAUGGACAGUCCUGCUACAGCAAUGGACAGUCCUGCUACAGCAAUGGACAGUCCUGCUACAGCAAUGGACAGUCCUGCUACAGCAAUGGACAGUCCUGCUACAGCAAUGGACAGUCCUGCUACAGCAAUGGACAGUCCUGCUACAGCAAUGGACAGUCCUGCUACAGCAAUGGACAGUCCUGCUACAGCAAUGGACAGUCCUGCUACAGCAAUGGACAGUCCUGCUACAGCAAUGGACAGUCCUGCUACAGCAAUGGACAGUCCUGCUACAGCAAUGGACAGUCCUGCUACAGCAAUGGACAGUCCUGCUACAGCAAUGGACAGUCCUGCUACAGCAAUGGACAGUCCUGCUACAGCAAUGGACAGUCCUGCUACAGCAAUGGACAGUCCUGCUACAGCAAUGGGCACACCUGCUACAGCAAUGGGCACACCUGCUACAGCAAUGGGCACACCUGCUACAGCAAUGGGCACACCUGCUACAGCAAUGGACAGUCCUGCUACAUCAAUGGGCACACCUGCUACAGCAAUGGGCACACCUGCUACAGCAAUGGGCACACCUGCUACAGCAAUGGGCACACCUGCUACAGCAAUGGGCACACCUGCUACAGCAAUGGGCACACCUGCUACAGCAAUGGACAGUCCUGCUACAGCAAUGGGCUCACCUGCUACAGCAAUGGGCAGUCCUGCUACGCCAACACCCACAGCACCAAACCACUUCUAA